AUCAUUGAAUCGAAAUCGCGGGAACAAACUGGCGCAACAAUGGCGGCGACGCCGGCGAGUGGAGAGCAAGAGGAGGAGGUGUGCUUGUGGAGCUGGGGCGCCGGCACGGAGGGCCAGCUCGCCACUGGCACGCUCGAGGAUCAGUUCCUCCCUCAGCGCAUCACAUCCCUCCCCGCCAUCUCCCACAUCGCAUGCGGCGGCGCCCACGCCAUCGCCCUCACCGGUGAUGGCAAGGUAUGGACUUGGGGGAGAGGAACAAAAGGCCAACUUGGCCAUGAGGAGAUGAACAAUUGCUUGAAACCUAGGGUUGUCAAGUUGUUGGAGAGUUUUUUUGUUUCUGAUGUUGCUGCUGGGUGGAAUCACUCUGGAUUUGUCACAGACACUGGGCGUCUCUUCAUGUGUGGGGAUGGGUCAUUUGGGCAGCUUGGAACUGGAAACAAUGAGUCACAUUCUUCUCCCAUUGAAAUCUCAUUCUCUGAUGCAACCCAUGUUGAGCAAGUAGCAUGUGGCAUGCGGCAUUCUAUUGCCUUAGUUAAAGAUGCAAGUUCAUCAGGAGAUUUGGUAUAUGGCUUUGGUGCUGGAAGACAUGGGCAAAUUGGAAAACCAGCCACAAGAUCCAGUUAUCUUCCUAUGGUUGUUCCCGGACUUGAAAAUUGUAGCAUAGCUGAUGUAUGCGCCAAUGGUGACCAAAGUGCUGCUCUGACUUCUAACGGGCAGCUGUACACUUGGGGCAGAGGAUUCGGUGGGAGCUCAGGUAGUCACAUCCCACAGCUUCUCACUUCACCAUUGAGAUUCUCAAAAGUUGUUCUUGGCUGGAAUCAUGCUCUAUUAAUUGCUGACGGUGACACAUAUAUUCUUGGAGGAGAUCACCAUGGAAUGCUUGCUAGUGCUCCGAAGUCACAGCAGGCAUCUAGUCCUUCUUCAGAUGAUUCAUCUGCCAUACCCAAUCUGAGGAAGGUGCCCGGCCUUGACGGGGAGAAGGCCAUAUGCAUUGCAGCAGGGGCCGAACAUUCAGCUCUGGUAACAGAGCACGGAACAGUCAUGACCUGGGGAUGGGGUGAACACGGCCAACUUGGUUUAGGCAACUCAUGUGACCAAACUUGCCCGCAGGCACUCGACAUCAGCUACAACGGACCGUUUGCUAGCUCCCAGUUCCGUGUUUACUGCGGCAGUGGAUUUACUUUCCUGGCAAAGCUGCCUUCUUGAUAUCCAUAUGAUUUUGUUGUAUCAUUUGAUCAGUUUAAUUAUUUUGAAUAUUAACAAUAAGCCAUGUAUGAUCAUCACAUUUGCUACAAUUAUUCUUCUAUAAAUACAAAGUAUU